UAAAUACAUUAUGCAAACCCUGAGAGAUUGAAGCUGCUGCAUCAAACUUUCCACCCUUGUCGCCGCCGCUGCUAGUGCAGGUCGUUUCCACCACUGCCAGCUUCUCCGUCUUCUGCUACCCUCCCUCUUUUCAGAAUGGUGUCGAAUCAGACAGCAUCUACCAUGGAAAUUGAGACUGUCCCAUCUGAAGCCAAACUUUUGCCACAGAAGCCAAAGUUUGAGCCGUUGAAGCCUCAUGAGAUGUCCGAUGGAGAGAUUCAGUUCCGCAAGGUGAAUGUUCCACCUCAUCGUUAUACCCCCCUCAAGAAAGCUUGGAUGGAUAUCUAUACUCCCAUUUUUGAACAGAUGAAAAUUGAUGUCCGAAUGAAUUUGAAGGCUCGGAGAGUUGAGUUGAAGACAAGGACAGACACACCUGAUAUUAGUAACCUGCAAAAAUGUGCUGAUUUUGUCCAUGCUUUCAUGCUGGGUUUUGAUGUCAUAGAUGCCAUCGCUCUUCUGCGUCUUGAUGAGCUCUACGUUGAGUCCUUUGAGAUCAAGGAUGUUAAAACACUUAGAGGCGAUCACUUGUCUCGUGCAAUUGGAAGGUUAUCUGGCAAAGGUGGUAAAACAAAGUUUGCAAUUGAGAACGCAUCAAAGACAAGAAUCGUGAUUGCUGACACCAAAAUUCACAUAUUGGGAUCUUUUGCCAACAUAAAGAUUGCCAGGGAUUCUCUUUGUAGCCUGAUUCUCGGAUCACCAGCAGGAAAGGUGUAUUCCAAACUAAGAGCAGUUACUGCUAGAUUGGCAGAAAGGCAUGGAUGAUAAGAGCCUAACCAAUGGAGGUGCAUGAAGAGGAGUGGCCUCUGGCGUCCAACGGUAGAACUGGCGACCAACGCUAGUCAAGACAGCAGCCAACCAAGAUCUAUCUAUAAGGGAUGCCAGUAUCCAGCGGUGGAAGAGGGGCACCAUGGAGCACGAACAACGUCUAGAAAGCUUACACUUGUUUUGCAUUUUUUUUAUUAGUAUUUUGUAUUUAGGAUUUAAAUCUUGGCUAGUGGGUCUAUUUUUAGGUCAAUUAACCUUCCACUAUAAAUAAGGGGUUGCCCUUCAUUGUAAAGGCAAAUUUGGAAUAUACAU